GUCCUUUCUCAUCCACAAUCGUUUCCUCUUGUUUUUGGAUUCUUUUCAGAAAUAUGUAGAAGUUUCCAUAUCAAGGCAUACACGUAAGCGGGAUUUGGAAAUCCCAUUAAAUGGAAAAGGUCAUUCAGUUGAUAUUCUCUCGCUCUUUUUCUUCUCGUUUUUAUCUUUCCUGUUAUUAUGUCAGGGGAACCUGUUAAACUCUAUGUAUAUGAUCUAUCACAAGGCAUGGCAAAGCAAAUGUCUUUGUCUCUUACUGGAAAGCAAAUAGAUGGUAUCUGGCAUACAUCGAUCGUUGUUUAUGGUCAAGAAUUUUAUUUUGGGCAAGGGAUUCUAGUUGAUAAACCUGGAACCACUCAUCAUGGUCAACCAUUAGAUAUUAUUGACAUGGGUACUACGUUUCUACCACUGGAAGUAUUCACAGAAUAUAUUGACAGCCAACGUUCAGUAUAUACGGCUGAAAAAUAUCACCUUCUAGACUUCAACUGCAAUACAUUUAGUAACGACGUAUGUCAAUUUUUGACUGGUUCAUCCAUUCCCAGUCAUAUUACUGAACUGCCUGCUGAAUUUUUGCGAACGCCGUUCGGACAAUCACUUUUACCAAUGAUAGAGAAUAUGUUUGGAAAAUCAACUCUACGAUCAACAACAAUGCCUUCCACUUCCAAUGGAUCGACUUCAGCAACAACUCCAAAUGCACAAUCAUUAUCUAUGUUACAAGACGUAUCUUCUUCUGCAUUCUCUGGUGCUCCUUCUUCAGUAGCACAGCAAUCUAUCCAACAGGCAAACAAUUUAUCAUCGUUACAACAAGCUAUCAAGUCAUAUACUGCUGUUGCUGUUUUCUUCACAUCUGCUACUUGUCCUCCUUGCCGCGUUAUCAAACCUGAAUUCGAACAAAUGAUCAAAGAUAAAAAUCAAGGUACUGCCUCCCUUCAUGUUUUGGGUAUUAUUGUAGAUACUUCUAUUGCUUUUGAUGCUGGUGCAAAAUAUCAAAUUAGAUCUACUCCUACUUUUAUGUUCUUUCAUAAAGGUGAAAAGAUAUCUGAAUUUAGUGGUGCCAAUUAUAGUGAAUUAAAGUCAUCUGUUGAACUUCUUUUAUUUACUGCCUAUCCUCCUCAUCCACAUAGAACUCUUCAUUUACGACAAGUAUGCAAACCAUCCAACCAACCUAUAUUAUAUAACAAUUUUGGGAAACUCGACAUGAUUUUGGAAAAACUACACACUUAUCUGAAGGAAGAUGGAAUACAUUUGGAUGAACAUCAAUUAGCGACAUUGAAUUUUGCAAAGGAUGUACUAUUGAAAAAACAAGAAGAAAUCUUGGAUAUGGAACAAUGGCAGAGACUGUUAGAUACUUUGAUAGACAAACUUCCAAUGGCACACCAGUUUCCAUUAUUGGAUAUAGCUCGAUCUCUUAUUUUGACCAAAGAAGCAGGAAAUUAUUAUACUACCAACUGCCAUAAAAUUGCUCACUUGAUGGAUACAGUACAAAAUGAUAAUGAAACAGAUGGAUCUGGAACACCUAAAGCAACAUGGUUAAUGAUUCUGCGGCUAGCAUGCAAUUUAUUUACCCACCAAGUACUUGUCACUACCUACUUUACUUCUCAUUUAGCGUCCUCACAUCGUAGUAGUCUUACACAACUUUUGGUGUCCACUUUAUUAGCUCAGGAUGCUCAAGUACGACAGGCUGCUGCAUCUUUGGCCUUCAAUUGUAGUACAGUCGUGAUGGCAGAGAGAUUACGCAAGGAAGAAAAUAGUGAUUCCUUCACUGGUAGUGCUGGAAUGGCUGAACAGGAAGAUGAUGAUUGGCAAGUGGAAAUCAUGAGUGCUGUGAUGGAUGCGCUUACCAAGGAAACUGAUCAAGAAAUUACACAUCGAUUGUUGGCCUGUAUCUCCAAGUUUUUGUUCCUUUCUCCUCAGGGGAGCUCUUUAGGCGAUCUUUUAUCUGCUCUGGAUAUCCGUGGUCUUUUGGAUGAAAAGAAAACAAACUCGAUUAUUACCAGCACUCCUGUUUUAGAAUUAGCGCGUGAUAUCAAGUUGAUGGUUGAUAAAAGUGUUGAUCAAUAAAAGUGAAAAUGAAUUACAGUUUUAGAAUU